AGAUGCGACUAUUUAGGAGGCAAUCAGCGUGAUGAGUUGGUUAGAAACUUCACAAACGAUCCGUGAGAGGAUUAUACAAUUCACACAUUUCAAUUGAAAUGGAAAUAUAAAAAAGUUAACUAAUAAACAUUCUACAAAUGAAAUCAAUAUCUUGAUGUAUUCUAUAAGUUACUAUACAUCAGUAUUAAGGCAGUCCGUAGAUUAAUUUGAGUUUGAGAGACAUUGUUUACCGGUACUGAUGCUGUUCAGUUUGUCAUUUGAAUUCCUCUCAAGAUGAUCAAUUUCUUCCAUUGAUCGAUCGUCAACUGACGAGUAGCGUUUGAAUAUUAACAAAAACCUAGCGUAACUUCACUAAAAUCCUCACUCGCUGCCAAACGAGGUUAUUUUUAUCAGGAUGUCUGAGAAACCUUACAUGAUGCUUUAUGUGUGUUAAGUGACAAAACAGAUUUCUUUGUUGGUGAUAUAACAAUUCUUUUUUUCACUUCAGGACGAACUAUAGUUAACAACCAAAGGUAAAGCUUUAGUAAGAAGUUAGUUAUAUACUGUAUCCCUACACUUAUCUAUCACGAUGAUCACCAUAGGAAUAUUAUAAACUAUUCAUAGGACGGACAAAUUCACAUACAGUUAUGCUUGAGCAAUCACGAUACGUUCAUCGACCGCUACGUUCCUAACUGAAGAAAUAAUUUUAUUUAGUGAACGAAAGGAUUAAGUGAAUUAUGGGUUUAUAAUAUCAUUUGUGAAUAUGUUGUAAACGUGGGUAAAAAUGGCAAUACAUAAGAUGUAGACACACGGAAAACUUUAUAUUAAAGGUGAAUAGAAGUUCUCUUCGAGUGCAACUAUUAAAGGAUGAAUUAAAGUAUAUAUUAACAGGGAUUAUAUCAAGAGGAUUAUCGUUAUUGCAAACAUUUUUAAUUCAGGGCUGAAUUAUAAUACUAAUGACCCUACUGUGUUACAAACGUAUCCAAACUAUACCAGGUGGAAUAUAAGUGAACGAAUCAUCCAAUACAAUAAUUGAAAGUUCUAAAGACAAAUAUUGUUAUCUAAACGACUAAGCUGUGAUUCUAUCUUGCAUAUAGGAGCCAAUACUCGAGUGCAUACAUCAUGCAUACGGCACAUAAUGCGUCAAUUUUCCUGAAUUGAUACACAGAUUGACAUACAAAUCAAUAAUUGUAGGUGUGUCAGUAUCUUUUGUAACCGUCCGAAUUGAUUCAAAAUUUAUCACGAAAGAUGUUUGAAACAAAUAUCAGAUGCGCCAACGAUAUUCUUAACAUGGAGUGCGUUGAAGUAUAGGAAACCAAUCAUUACUUAUAUUUUCUUCCGUAGAAAUGAGUGCAAACAUUUCGGAUAGUAUAUCAUCGUACGAUAUAUUGCCGAUUUUCAAUAGUAGUAGUGAGUUUACUAUCGGACACAUUGGCGAUAACAGUUCUUCAAUACCUCCGAAUACAUCAGGAACUAAUUAUUCUUCUGACGACCCGCCAAUAUCUAUUUACACGCCAUGGCAGCAGGCACUAGUGACGUUAGCACUUGCGUUAAUGGUUUUAGGCACAAUAGUUGGAAAUUGCUUAGUGUGUAUAGCCGUUGGAAUAGUGAAAAAGCUUCAAACACCUUCAAAUCUUCUCAUUUUAUCAUUAGCCGUGUCGGACCUCUUAGUUGCUGUAUUAGUGAUGCCAUUUGUAACCACAUACCAAGUGCUGAGCUAUUGGCCGUUCGGAAAUGUGAUUUGUGAUUUGUUUACUUCUUUAGAUGUCAUAUUGUGCACAGCAUCCAUCCUUAAUUUAUGUAUGAUUAGUGUUGAUCGAUAUUUUGUAAUCACACGGCCCUUUCAAUAUGCAAUGAAACGAACACCAAAAAGAAUGGGCAUAAUGAUUGCCGGUGUAUGGUGUUCCUCUGUGUUGAUAUCUCUUCCACCUUUAUUUGGAUGGAAAGAAGACCCGCCUAAAUGGCAUUGUAUUAUCAGCCAGAAUAUAGGCUAUCAAAUCUAUGCAACUUUAGGUGCCUUCUACGUUCCACUUUUCGUCAUGUUGGCAGUUUACUACAGAAUAUGGAGAGUAUCUUCUCGAUUAGCAAAAAAAGAAAGUACAAAUCAGCUUGGCAGUAUUGACAAAGGCCAAAGCAAUGCCCAUUACUCAAAUAGAGUAAAGACGAAUUCUGUUGAAACGGGAUGUACUGUUUUACCUAACGGUAACGUAAGAAAUGGUUGCCAUAGUGAAAAAGAUGAAGAUGAAAGAGUAGAAAUGCUUGCAAAAAAUAGUGCUUCAAUUCAAAGACGUAGAUUUACAAUUAAAAGUAUUUUACCAAAAGGUCGUAGAUCAUCUGGGCAUAAAGAUUCGAAAGCCAUUAAAACACUAGGAAUUAUAAUGGGUGGAUUUACGGCGUGUUGGUUGCCAUUUUUUAUUCUUGCCGUUAUUAGACCAUUCGUAGGAGAUAACGACAUUCCAAUCCACAUGAUAAGUGUCUUUAAUUGGCUAGGAUACUUUAAUUCAUUUCUGAACCCAGUGAUCUACGCAAGGUUCAACAGGGAUUUUCGAACUCCUUUCAAGGAAAUUUUAUGCUUGCGUUGCAAGGGAAUUAAUGUGAGAAUUCGUUCAGAAAGCUACGUCGAGCAAUAUGGACCAGAUCCUAGAUUGAGAGAUUGUUUACGACCUCCUACCUCCUCGGUUGUUCGAUACGACAGUCAAGGUCGCACGGAAGUUCAUUUAGGAAAUGGUUCGACGCCUUCUGAAAGUAAAGUAUGACGAACCAAAACAAUCUUAAUAAAGCUUAUACUCUGUCUCCAAAGAUGACACCUGCAUGCAUUAAGAAUGUCGGUGUUAUCGACAAGUUCAUCGACUUCAUGUACUGUGAUAUAAACUGACGAGAGAUUUGUAAAUUGUUAUUUAAUGACUUUUUUGUGACCCAAAAUGUAGUUUUGGGCUCAUUGUAUAUUUAAGAAGCUGUGAUAAAACUUGCUAUAAAUACAAUAGAGAAACUCAUUUAUGUUCUUCUAUGUACGACAGAAUAUGGUAUACAUUAUAUGUUAGCAUUUACAGUAUAGGUAAAAUACAUUUUAUACGUUUGAAACUGUGCUGACGUCACAGCGGAUUAUAAAUCCCUUAUUUAUAUACGUACAUUCUCUGUGAUUUUUACGGUUAUAUUAAUUUCAACUUGGAAACAAUAUCGUUUUGUUUUUGUUUUUUCAAUUGCCUCCUGUUUUCAAAUAUUUGUUUCUUAAUUCUGUUUUGAAAUUAUCAGCUAAAUUAUUAGAUAUUGUUUUAUUAGGCUGUAAAAUUUUUUGAAAAUAAACUUAUUAUCGUUAAAUUAUGUACAGUUUGGUGAAACCAAAUUAAAUGCAUUGAUACAAAUAAACGAAGAUUCAAGAUUUAAUUACACUGUAACGACGAUUUUGCAGGUUAUCUGUUUAUUUAAAGAAUGAAAAAAAUAUCGAGUUUUAUCCGUUAACCGUUAUAUUUGUUCAGACAUUUCAUAAUCAUGUACGUCUGACUUAAUCUGGUGCUAAGUGUUAUUAUAAAGUAGAUAUUAGGAGGCAAUUGAUUCAUUUCAUUACAAUCGCUACAAAAUAGACGACGAGAUAUGAAAAGUUAUUAGAUUUGAUUUCAUGUAAGAGACUUCAGAUAUGAAAUUAUUACUCAUAUUUACUUCAUUCAAAUAAUUGAACUUUUUUUCCUAAGAGAUUGUCGCUUUUUGCGUUUUCAUAAUGUAUGUGGUUUUUUUUUUAAAGAAAAGGGAGAAAAAACAAGGAGAGAGACUCUUUUAGAUAUAAUUAACCUACUUAAGUUUGAGUAGAUUUAGAAGAUUCAGUUUGAUCUUACAAUUAGCACACUUUACAAAUAGGUUUUAAAUGUUUUUAUUUUUAUAUAAAAUUCAUUUGAAAAACCUCUUGCGGCAGAUAUUAUUCAAUUUUUACAAUAGAGCUUUGGUCAAAGUUCUUUUAAUAGGUAUGUCCUGCUGCUUUUAUUAGCACAUAUUAUAUUUGGCUUUAAAAAAAAAUAAUGCUUUUAAAACUAUAUAGCUUGAAGAAAUGAAAUGAUAACGCUGAAAGAAGUUCAAAUCGGCUUGUUAUUCAGUGCGUCUUUGUUGAAUUUUCAAUAAAUCAUAUGGAAAUAAAUCUUAAAAAUUUUGUGCUUCCAAAGGGGUUUAGAUUAACAAUAAUGUUUUAACAACAUGGAGAUGAAUCUCUGGGAAAAUACUGAAUUACUUUACUCUAGACUACACCAUACAUAUGACAAGUGUGUUGGGAAAGAACGUAGUUUGAGUUUAUAACCUAGCCGAUAUCGAUUAAACUGCACACGAUGCGAAUUAAAAUUUUACUGUCUUUUCAUCGACCCUCCAUGCCAUGAAAUAAAUAAAAAAAAACUUAUACAAAUUUGAAGAGCAUAUAUAUACAAAAGAAUAAUAUUUACUUCACCAGAUGUGCAUUUUGAUAUUUUAUAUGUCUUUGGUUAUUCUCAAGGUCAAAGUAUUUGAAAAUCCUAAGCCGAAUAUAAUCUUUCAAUAUUUGUUGUUCAUAAAGGGUUUUUGUUAAGUCAUAACUGGUCGUAAUUAAAAUUGUUGGUAAGAACAACGUGCGUUAAGUUUGUCAUUAAAUUUGUAAAAGUGUUUUUAUUCCAACCCUUAUUAUUACAAAAAGUGUAAAACAAUGUUAAUAAUUGAAACUAAGCAGGACUAAAUGUUUUUUAAGAUACAUAUGUAUUGUAAGUAAAAUUACAUGCAGAAAAGACACAUACUAUCAUAGUGUAAUGUCUUUGAAUCGACCAAUGAAGAACACAACACAUGUACAAGUCACUAAACACAGAAUUUUGAUUGAUGUGUAACAGUGUUUGUGUUAUUAUUUAAAACAUAGAAUAUAUGUAUGAGGGACGACAAUGCGAUUAAUUAUCACGGGUUUCUUUCUGUGUCGUUAAGUAUUAUAAAAAAAUAUCAGCUUAAUUUUUGGGUAUUGUCCAACAAGCAAAGUUUUUGUAAUAACUAUUAGCCAUUUACUAAUGUUAUUGUCAGCUCAGUCGAUUUAUAGCAUUCUCUUACGUAAUAAUGAAAAUAAAAAUUGUUAUAAAUAUGAUCAAAUAUGUAUAUGGUUCUAUUAUGAAAAAUUACUUCCUAACAAUGACUCCCAAAAAUGUCAGGGCUUCUUCUCAAUUUAACAACAGGGCAACAUACACUUUAUUAUUAAUAACUGAAACAUUCUUUCAUCUCUGAUCUACACUGUAUGUAAAACAGGUAAUACAUUUGUACAAGCAAAUAAGAAAACCAAUAAGGGGUUUCCUAACGUAGUGGAAAGGGGGACUUGGAAAGACCGUAAGUAUAAAAGUCCAUAUAUAUCACAUGGGCCUACAUUAUUUACCUUUUGCUUGGGAAAAUGUGUACAUCAAUUAAUUAUAACUGCUCGAAAGAAAAUCAAAUUUAAAAAAAAAACAUGGAUAAAUGUUUUGUCAUAAAGACCACAUAGUCCUUUUGUCAAUAAUUUCCUUUAGAUUUUUAUAGUUAAGACUUAUUGAUAUUUUAAUUUAUCUCUUCUUCAAACGUUAUAUAUACAGUGGUUAAUUCUCGCUUUAUUUAUAAUAUUAUGCACUGCAGAGAAACAAGAUAUUGCUAUGUGUGUUUCCUAGUAUAGACGUACAUGAAUAUGUUAUUUUCUUUUCAAUACAGUAUAAAUGUCAUUAAGGAUACAAAAAUUCCAAAUAUGUAGUAGUUUAGAUUAGCAUAAAAUUGUAAAAAAUCACAGAGAAUGGUUUAUUUUUAUUAUUUGUGUUGCAGCUAAGCUGUUUUAUUAAUUUUACUGCUGAUUAUUAGCAUGCAAUAGCAAAGACUUGUAAAUAAAUUAUCAUAUUUAUUUUCAUCAUCAUCCAUAGAACAAACAAGUUUUACAGAAAUUGCAUUUAUCGCCAUGUGGUAGAAAACGAAGUGGUCACACGUAGAAUCACAUUCCAUUUAUUUAAUUGAUGAAGACAUAAAAAAUUCCAAGAAAAUUCAAAAUCCAGUAUUUUUAUACGAAAAAAUACUCUUUAGUUAAAGAUUUUUAUGAUCAUCUUGCCUGCUAGUAUUUAUAUUUGAUAUAAUGUUAGUGAUGUACUGUUUAAGUUAUUACUUGAAUCCUAUGAAUUAUAAAUUAAACUCGUUAUCUUAAUUGAUUAAAUCCACUUAGUUUGCGAAAACUUGUGUACCAACUGAUACCAAUCGACUAAAAAUAUCAUCGAUUAAAGACUUAAAUAAUCUAAUGAGUUAUAAUUUAGACCCCAGGCAAACUAUCACCUAUUUUUAUUUCAUACGUUUUUAUAAAUUUUAUUUUUCGAAAUAAGCAUUAUGAUGUAAAGACACUAGAAAGAUCCUCUUUUCUAAAAUUUCAUUUGAUGCCAACAUUUCCUAAAUAUAUUGCAUGUUUAAAAAGUUACACAUAUGCUUGGUGAAACGUUAACUACUUUGUUGUAUAUUAUAUUUAUUUCUGUAAUAUUCUUCCUGAGCGAAAUUUUGAUUACAUUUGUGAAUUGUGUUAACUCUGUUAAGCAGUGAUACUGCUUUAGAAGACGGCUUUAGUAUAUCAAAGCUUUUUUGUUAAUUUUUCAGUAACAAAAGUAACCAGUGUUACUUGUGUAUUUGAUGUUAUUUUUGCUUGUUUGUGUGUUAAUUUGAAGGGACUGUUUUUGUUUAUACAUCUUGCCAUAUUAAACUUUUCAGUUAAAAGCAGAUAAAUGACUAAUUAUUACUGUUGAUAAGAUGAGGUUUUAUAAAGUUUAGUUAUGAAUUAUUUGCUUUGACAAGUUAUCAUAUUAUUAUUUUGUUUUUAAUUUUAACUACAUUGUAUACUGAGCAAAGGUAACUUCAGACAUAAAAAGGGUUUACAUCCAACUAAAUGUUAGGUAAACUGCCAGCAAACUUCCUUGACUAUUGCUCUCAUUACUUAUUCAUAUAAGAGAUAAUGGAACAGCUACUUUUUAAAGGAUGAUAUUUCGUUUGCUAAAAUGAAUCACCUGGUAAUUAAGAUAAAUGUGCAUGAAAGUUUCAAAAAACAAUUACAACUGUUAUUGGACCAAACAGUAAAUGAUAUGUUUUAAUUUUUAAAAAAAUCUGGAUUUGUUUCUGCAUUAUUUCCAAAACGUUUAAACCGAGAGGUCUUUUUUUGUAAACCUUUUAUUUUACUUAAGCUAUUAAGGUAUCAACGACAACAAAAAAUAAAAUAGUCUUUUUUUGUCAAAUGGUCAAAUAUGAAAUAAUACUAUACUCUUGAUACUAGGUUCUAUCAUAUAUAGUUCAUCUUUUUUAAUACGUUUUUAUCUUCUUUUGGGACAAAUAAGAUGGAAGAUUGCCCUGUCACUCAAUUCAUUGGCCUUGUGGACGUUAUGGGAGAAGAACGCGAGAGAUAUUCAAAAAUGUAUUUAAGGAGAAGACAUCUAUUGUGACAAAUACCUAUAUAAUUAUUUAGAACAUUUAUGUUGUAAUUACAACUGUUAUAAACUUAAUAUAAAUAACUAUUGAUUUUCUAGUUUGUAACAUAUACAUUCUAUAUUGUAAAAUAUUGCUCACUAUCAUUUCUAGUCGAUACCAUUAGAAACGUUGGUCACUUGCGUCAGUUUUUAUUUCUUCAUAUUCUCAGGUUUUUUCAUCUCAAAUCUAAAAAAAGUUUCACAACUAUGCACAUAAGUUAUCAAAAGGUACAACCCUCUGACUAAACUUAAGACUUUAAAUCUCCUCAAACGAAAUUACACAAAUAAAUAAAAUGAAUUGAUACCGCCAACGCCACCACAUACCUUAAAUAACAACAGAUUGUUGUUUUCUGUAUGUGCUUAUUAAAAAAAAAUAUUCCUCUACAAUUGUUUCAUAAAGCUUCAUGAAAGGAAUAAAAUUGUUCAGGCACAACUAUUUGGUAAAAAUUGUACAAGCCUAGUAGUUAUCCUUCAUGGUAUAAUGCAAACUACGCGACUGAUGGUUAACAUUUUGGAAAAUAAAAAAAAUGCAAAUUAGCGAAGCAGCAAAAUUAUUUCUGAUAAUGUAAGAAAUAAGUGAACAUUUGCAUUUUCCGAGAUGACUUUCGGUUAUGUCCUUUUGUACCCUUUCAGAGGGUUAAAAGGUGCACAUGUGAAACUGCACAUAAGUCCAUCUCAGAUUUACCUCGAAUUUUUGGUGGUUUUUUUUUUAAUAAAGAAAUCAAUAAGGUAAAACUAAAAGCAAACAAAUUCUAGACAAUUAUUUUUUAUCAUGCUGUUGUACCAAGCAGAAAAAUUCUGAAUUAAGAAAAUAAACCUUGUUGCCUCAAGCAAUGUAACUGCUGCUAUAUACUUAGUAGCCCGGAUGAUCAGUCAAUGUAUUAUAUUUCAUCGUGCAACUAUGUCUUCUGUUGUACACAUGACAGGUAUACAAAUACAAUUAUUGCUUUAUUUCUAUAGUAUACAAAUACAACCUUCUUGUAUCUGGUUGCCUUGUUGAACAAACGGUUGUUCUAAAAUUUUUGGGCGCUCUUCGCGGUUCGUAAUUGUAAAUGAAAAUAGUCGAAAACAACGGUUAGGAAUAAAAACAAAUAAACGUAGCAGUAAAAAGGUUAAAUUUCAGGAUAAAAAUUUUACAGUGUCAAAAGACAUAUAUUUAACUUUGCCCGCUUCGAAACAAAAAGAAUAGCUAGGCUAAGCUUCUGCUAGUUUUGGAUGCACGGAUAGAUACAAUUUAUAUUUUCUUCCAAUGUACAUUUGUUGAACACGUCUUCAUUGAUGUAUAACUGAUAAGAAAUCAUUUUUAAAGUCAAUUUUGUAAUUUUCUUGUUUGUGUUACGUCGAUCUCUUAAAUUGCCAUUGCCAUCGAAUUCCACUGGUAUUAGUCUCCUUCAUUUUCAGUUUUAUUUGCCAAAAAUUUUCUUUUUCCUACUAGCAAUCAAUUUAACUAAUAAGUCCUCUAAUACAUUCAGGAUUGUUUAUUUAUUGAAUAUUAACUCAUGAGUUACUCAUGCAUUGUAUAGACAGCAGUCUCAAUGCUUGAAAUUUUGCGCAGUGACAACGUGGUCUUUUUUCUGAGGAAAAUCUUCCCCUUCCUAUACAAAACUUAAGAUAUCGGUCUUUAUCAAAUUAGAUAGGAUACUAGUAGAUACUUUAAGUGUUGAUCGUUACCUACAAGUGAAGGUCAAUUGAAUCGUCUGGGCAUACUCCUUUAAAUUACUGCUGAAAUAUUAGCUGCUUGUAAACGCCUGUUGAAAUAAUAUUUUUGUAUAAAACAGUUUAGCGCAUUGUUGAUCAUAUAAUAACGUGAAUUUAGAGUUCAUAUGGUUCAAAGCAUAAUAAAUAUAUAAAUACUGAAGAAAGAGU